AUGGCGCUCCUAGGAGCUCAACUCGUUAUAACACUUAUAAUGGUUUCAAUCAUACAAAAGCUUGGCAAUUAUUCCUUUGCAAGAUGGCUAUUAUGUUCGCAAGGUUUAUAUCGAUACCUGUAUCCUGAUAAUAGUGAAUUAAAGAGUUUGGCGGGAGUUCCAAAAGAAAAACCAAAAGCCAAGAAGGGUGGUAAAAAUGAACUAAAUGGAAAACCUGAAACAUUUCAUGUUCCUAGAAGCUUAGAUAUACAGUUGGAGACAGCUCCAGUAACAGCAUUAGACCUUGUACAUCUCCGGUUCUAUACAGACUAUAUUUGGAUAGUGGAUUUUUCAUUAUAUUCUAGCAUAGUUUAUAUAAUGUCAGAGAUUUACACCUGGAUAUUUCACCUUAAAGAUGAAUUUAAUUUGAGUAUGGUGUGGUGCCUCUUGGUGGUCCUCUUUUCAUUUAAAAUAUUACUAUCACUGACUAAACAGUACUUCACUAGUGAUGAGUCUAUCAGUGAAAGGUCUAUAUGCAUUGUAGCUUUCUGUGUAUUCCUUCUUGUUGCUAUGAUGGUGCUGAUUGUGGAUGAGAGCAAUUUAGAGGUUGGUGUUGAUCCAGCUUAUGAUAGCUUUUAUGAAAAUGCUUCAAAAUUCCUGGAGAACCAAGGGCUAAGUUCUGUUGGUCCAGCAUCAAAACUAAUUUUAAAGUUAUCAUUGGCAAUUUGGGCUGCCCUUAUUGGUACUCUAUUUACAUUUCCUGGCUUAAGAGUUGCCAGAAUGAAUUGGGAUUCAAUAAGGGUUUAUGGAGAUAAUAAAGUGGCUGCCCUGCUUUUAAAUGUAAACUUUGCGAUGCCAUUUAUCCUUGCUCUUAUGUGGGUGAGACCUGUUACUCGGCACUAUUUAACUGUCCGUGUGUUCAGUGGCAUGACUGAACCGCUCAUGACAUCUGCUCAAUUCGACUCCAUGCGUCUGAUUCUGGUCAUCAUCACAAUGGUACUCCGAGUAAUUCUGAUGCCGCGUCAGCUCCAGGCUUACUUAGAUAUGGCGCAGAGAAAACUUGACGCUCAGAAGAAGGAGGCCGGACGUAUCACUAACAUAGAGCUUCAGAAGAAGAUUGCAUCAGUGUUCUACUAUUUAUGUGUAGUGGCCCUCCAAUAUCUGUGCCCCGUGGUGAUGUGUGCCAACCUUGCCCUGAUGUAUAAAACACUGGGUGGGUUCACGUGGACUGGGAUGGACUUAGACCCGGUAGUCCGGACAAUGCCUAGCGAUAGUAUGGAGCAAUUUCAAAUGGCAUGGGAGAAUUUAAAAAUGAUAUUCACAACAGAAGUGUACCGUGGAGUACUAGGCUUCAGCACCUGGUGGUGCUGCUUCGCGUGGUUUAUCUCCACGUCACUCGGGGCCAUGUAUCAGAGUUACUUUAGAAUCUCAUGA